ACCUUACGAGUUACCGUGCGACACCAAAACAUGUCUUCAUCACUAAUCGUUCCAAAUGUGGUGCUCUCCAACAACCGAAACUUACCGGUGAUUGGAUUCGGAACUGCUACCAUCUUAGGCUCCGCUCCCGGCGAUGACACCACCAAGGUGGCAGUGCUAGAUGCCAUUAAGCUCGGUUACAGGCACUUUGACACAGCUUCGAUUUAUGGGUCAGAGGAGGCACUUGGAGAAGCCAUAGCUGAAGCAUUAAAACUUGGUCUCGUUGGAUCUAGAGAUGAACUCUUUGUCACUUCCAAGCUCUGGUGCUCUGAUAAUCAUCCUGAUCUUGUUCUUCGUGCUUUGAAGAAAACACUUCAGUCACUGAAAUUAGAAUAUGUAGAUCUUUAUUUGAUCCACUGGCCCAUUGCUUUGAAGCCUGGAAAUUGGGACAUGCCUUAUGAUGAAGAGGCCAUGGCCCCAUUUGACUUGAAGGGUGUGUGGACAAAAAUGGAGGAAUGCCAACAACUGGGGCUUACAAAAGGCAUUGGAGUCAGCAACUUCAGUUGCAAAAAACUUGAAAAUUUGCUCUCAUUUGCCAAUAUUCCUCCUGCUGUCAACCAAAUUAGGAUGAAUCCUACUUGGCAGCAAAAGAAGUUAAAAGACUACUGCCAAGCAAAAGGAAUAUUCAUAACUGCCUACUCUCCUUUGGGAGCCAAAGGUACCGUUUGGGGUACCAAUGAUGUUAUGGACAAUGAAUUGCUCAAGGAAAUUGCAAAUGCUCAUGGAAAAUCUUUUGCUCAGGUAUGUCUAAGAUGGUUGUAUGAGGAAGGCGUAACUAUGGCAGUUAAGAGCUACAACAAAGAAAGAAUGAAGCAAAAUCUGGAAAUAUUUGAUUGGUCACUUACAAAAGAUGACUAUGAAAAAAUUAAUCAAGUCAAGCAGCACCUUUCGUUGAAGUAUGGACCAGCAAAGUUCGUUGAGGACCUUUGGGAUGAAGAAAAUUAAUACAUGCAAUAUGGAACCAUAUACUAAAGCUUUAUGACUAUGAAGAAAAAACAAAUACUAAAGCUUUUGCUUUCGCUGCAAAUUUACUUCAAUCGCGUAUAAUGAAUAAUAGUUACAACAGAUUUACAUUUUAUACUCAAAGUUGAGUCAGUUGUACUCUCUCAAUGCUACAAGAGUGGCCAAUAAA